GAGCAGCUCGCCAUAUAAAGUCAGGAUCAGGAUCAGAUCAAGGUAUCCUUGAGCCUCGAGAAAACAGCACCUCUCCUUUCCUCAGAGCCACCUCCCUCUCCCACAUCUCCACCACCACCACCCACUACCCCUAUCUUCUCUUCGACCAUGGACUCUUCGUCGUCGAGCCAGAGCGACAACGUUCCCAUGUCGCACAUCCCCCAAGGAGCCCACACCCACUCCAAAUCUCACGAAGAUUAUACCACGUCCAACAACCUUCCCGCUGCCAAACUCGACAAGAUCGAAAACCCCGCUUCUUACCCAUCUGCCUCUUCCGGAGAAAAGAUCGACCCCACCCACCCGUUGUGGGAAGAACUGGCACCCAGCGAUAGUUAUGUCGAUGGGGUCUACUGGGCCGACUUGCCCAGGGCACAGAGGACGAGGUGGGCGAUGAAGCAGAUGAACGACGAGGCCAAGAGGGAGUUGAAAGAGUUGGGCAGGAUGACCAAGGCGGAUCCUCUGAGCCCCGUCGCCGGAUACUUUCGACGAUACGUCCUCAACGGUUUCGGUCUGUUCACCGAGGGUUACACCUUGUUCUCCAUCGGAAACUUGACUCCGCUCUUCAAGGCCGUCUGGCCCGACUGUUGGAGCAGGCACAGGACUUGCGACAAGAACUGGAUCGCUGCUCAAACCUACCUCCAGAUCAUCGGAAUCAUGGUCGGCCAGGUCGCCGUCGGUUUCGAGGGAGACUGGAUCGGUCGUAAAUUCGGUCUGGUCCAGGACGCGUUGAUCAUGUUCCUCGGGUUGGUCAUGUUGACCGCCAUGUGGGGGACGUCGUUGAGCGGGUGGACGAUCAUGUACGCUUGGAGCUUGUUCAUCUACGGUAUCGGAGUCGGUGGAGAGUACCCGAUGACGUCGACGACGGCCCUCGAGUACAAGGCCAAGGGAGGCGGUCGAGCCAUCAACAGCCGGGAUGACAAGCUUCACCGAGGUCGAAACGUCGUCCUCGCCUUUCUCAUGCAGGGUUGGGGUCAGUUCUUCAACCAGGCCGUCCUCAUCAUCCUCCUCUUGUGCUUCCACCACGGAUCCGGUAACCCUCCUUACUCGGCCGUCUCUGCUCAGUGGACGUUCAGGGUCCAGUUCGGGAUCAUGGCCUUGCCCACCCUCUGGUUGGCCUACUACCGUUAUUACAAGAUGCAGUACUCGAGCGCGGCCUUGAUGAGGAGCAAGAAGAACGCCAGGGUCAACCAGUCCGGAUACGACGUCAAGUCGCUCAAACUCGUCUUCACCCAUUUUGGAGGUCGAAUCUUUGCCACGGCCUUUGCUUGGUUUGCCAACGAUUUCGGAUUUUACGGAAACAAGCUCUUCCAGUCGUCUUUCAUCAAGGUCAUCAGCCCCGGUAACAACUCGGUCAUCGUCGGUUGGAACUGGAACCUGCUCAACUGUGGUGUCGGGCUUUGCGGGUACUACACCUCGGCUCUGCUCAUCGACCACAAGCUUGUCGGCAGGAAGCGACUCCAGAUCGUCGGUUUCAUCGCCAACUUUAUCCUCUUCCUCCUCCCCGCCAUCCUGUUCGACACCCUCCAGACCCCGGCCCACAUCCACGCUUUCCAAGCCAUCUACUUUUUGUCGUCCUUCUUCCAACAAGGGCCCAACUGUACCACCUUCUUGGUCGCCGCCGAGGUCUUCCCCAUCGCCACCCGGGCUACCGCGCACGGUUUCUCGGCCGCCAUGGGUAAACUCGGUGCUUUACUCCCUGCUAUCAUUUACAACUAUAUCGACGCUCGAACCUCGUUCUGGAUCGUCAACUGGUUCUGUCUCGCCGGAGCCAUCGGCACUUGGAUCUUCCUUCCCGACACUACCGGUCUCGACAUGCAGGAACAGGAGCGAUACUGGGCGUACGUCCGAGCCGGCCGAGCCGCCGAGUACUGCGGAAUCGCCGUCCACCCUCGACACCUGUCCGUCUGGGAACGAGUCGUCCUCAAGCGUCAUCUCGCCUACGAUGCCGAUCUCGACAGGAUGGCCAAGAUGGCCGAGCUCAGGGCGGAGUACCAGGUCGCCAUGUCUCGUGUUCACGAGGAGGGCGAGACCAUCCCCGUCGAGCACGGCGAAGAGGACGAUGCCGCCUUGUCGGGCGAGGCCAACGCUUACUUUGCUCGUGAAAAGAAGCAAACUUUUUGAUGACUUUUAGAGAUCCAAUUCCCGUGUACCCAUAGAAUGAUGUGAUUUGUAGAUGCGAUCACCAACAAUAAUUCUCGUCCCGAA